CAAUAUAUAGGAGAGAUGAAGCCAAUAGAGAUCAGAUUCUCUCUACACAGACCUCUACAGCACAGAGAUCCAGCUAUGGUACCUACAAUCACUUCAACUAUGAUCUACUCUAAGGAGCACCUGACUCUGACAAAAAAGAUAAGAAAGCCAGUGGUGGAGAAGUUACGCAGAGAUCGUAUCAACAACAGCAUUGAGCAACUCAAGUCUCUCCUGGUUCCAGAGAUCCUCAACCAGCAGUCCGACUCUAAGCUGGACAAAGCCGACAUCCUGGAGAUGACAGUUUGCUUCCUGAGACAACAGAAACAGAACCAGCCAGUGAGCUCCUCUUCCUGCUCAGCACCUGUCAAUCAGGGUUACUCCAGGUGUGUCCAAGAGAUUGUUCACUUCCUUUCUAAAUGUGAGCAGAAGUCACAGUCCCAGAGAAGACUGCUGAGCCACUUCCAGAGCCUGCAGCCAUCCUCUGAUGAGAACAAGAGGAAGAUUGACCGUCCUCAGCUGAGCUCCCCAGCCCAGCACAGCAUCAGCAAAGACAAGAGUCCAGUCAACAUCGCCCCCUGGAGGCCUUGGUAGAGACCUAUAGAUUGGAGCUCCACUCAGACAAACACAAUGGAUGGACCAUGUUGGUCUAAGAUUAAUUUCAUGGACAUUAAUGAGUAUAAUAAAAUAUAUUCAUUGUUUUCUGCUUAAGCAGGAGUUUUUAAAAGUCUUGUUGUGAUUGAGACAUUUCAUUUCAGUUGAACUGAAGUUAAAACAUUUUUCCAAGAAAAUAAUCUGAUCGAUGAAAACUACAUUUUUGUAGUGUUAAUUGAAAUCAUCAUAACCUUUAUGUUUUGUGAAACAUGUAGAUUAUAUUGAUCAUGUGUUUAUAUUCAUGAUGAACAAUAACUAAUGGUUCUCUAUGUGAACUUCUAACCCAAAAUGGAUGCAAUAUCAUCAAUCUGUGUGUGAUUGUAUUUGAUGAAUCUGUUGUUAUGGUCUGAAAAUGUGAGUAAUUUUUUACCACUACAUUUGUGUAGUGAUAUAGUCAUAUUGACAUUGUAUUGAGCAUCUUCUGUGAAGCAUGUAUCAGUUAUAUAUUUGAUAUUGAUCAACUUGAGCUACAGCAUCAAUGUUCCUCCGUGAGGAUUAUUUACCCAAACUGGGUAUUAUACCUGCUAUCAUCACUCUGUGAUUAACAAUAUUUGAUUUGUUUAAAGAUCGAACUUCUUUGUGAAAUUAUCGAUCAUGUUAUUUGAAUAAUGUGUUUAUUGCAAAUGUGAUUAAAAUAAUGUCUACUUGACAAAUACGAUUAUUUUAAACAAUUAUUUUGUCUUUCAUAAAGAAAGUAACUUUGUAUCCUGUACUCUAAUAGAGUAUCAUAUCUUGGAGAUUUGUUCAAGUUCUUGUUGUGAUGUUUAAUCACUGUAUUUCUGUUGAAAUAUUUACCUUAAAUUAAGGUAUUCAAUGAUGUGACUCAUUGAGUCAGUCUGAAUAAAUACACAAAUCAUCAAAUGAAAUAUU